UCUGCACAUUCCAUGCAACAGUUGGAAGAUAAACAGGCACGUGCAAGAUCACUUCGCCAGCGUCAUCUGCUUGAGCGAUCUAAACGAGUUCGCGAGCUUACCAAAAAGGUAGCAGAGGUGCAUCUUCACAAGCGCAUGUUAUUGCAUCAACGUCGUGCCUGCCUCGAUCGUCGUCUUCUUGCAGCUGAAGUCAAGCGGCAGGCGGAACUGCGCAGGCGUGUCUCUAAAGCUCAUGACGAAGAAACAAAGGGCAAAGAGAUUGCCUUCAUUCAAACCCUAGAAGCCGAACAGAAACAAUACAGCAUUUUGACCAAACAUGAAGAGAGUCGUGUUCGUCUUAAUGAACUUGCUGAAGAGCGUCGCAGGAGACUUGAAGAAAAACUAGGCCGUGAAGAAGCCGCCAAAGCAAAGCAGCUCGAUCGGUUGAGGCGAGCGGCUGCCCGUGCUAGAGCUGCACAUCGGGCCGGUAAACUGGCGGCUCUUGAGCAGGAACAACUUCGACACAUUGAUCAGUUGCGAUCAAGGAUAAAGCGGAAGGCAUGUUGA